AUGGCGGCGACGAAGACUCGUAACCUGAUGACGGAGGAGGAACUGAUAGAAUUGGAAAAGCAAGAAUUCGAAACAGGACCCUUAUCCGUAUUGUUAAACGCCGUAAAAAACAACACCCAGGUUCUUAUUAAUUGUCGGAACAAUAAGAAGCUACUGGCUCGCGUGAAGGCGUUUGAUAGACAUUGUAACAUGGUACUUGAAAACGUCAAAGAAAUGUGGACCGAGGUUCCCCGCCCAGGCAAAGGGAAGAAGAAGUCAAAACCCGUCAACAAAGACCGUUUUAUCAGCAAAAUGUUUCUCCGCGGGGACUCAGUCAUCCUCGUCUUGAGAAACCCCCUUGCUACGGCAGCUGCAUCAGCUCGUGGCUAG